UUUCACCAUUAUUCAAAAUGGAGCCGCUUUUGGGUUACCCCGUUAAACCAUCGGGUCCAAAAACUCGAAAGUUAAUCUUUUUUCUAAGUACAGCUAUAUGCGUAGGCACGUUGUUUUUGCUACAGACUAAAUUCUUUAAACCCAGAAAGCCUAAAGAUUUUUAUUCGUUUGAUGUACGGGAUGCGAGGGGCCGGACAGUUUCUUUGGAGAAAUACAGAGGAAAAGCGUCCCUGGUUGUCAACGUGGCGAGCCACUGUGAACAUACAGAGAGCAAUUAUCGGGCUUUGCAGGAGCUGCAUCGGGAGCUGGGCACGUCUCACUUUAACGUCCUGGCCUUUCCCUGCGGCCAGUUCGGAGACACCGAACCGGGAUCCAGUCGCGAUAUCGAAGCCUUUGCAAAGUCUAACUUUGCUGUCACUUUUCCUAUUUUUAGCAAGAUCAAAAUAAUGGGCUCCGAAGCAGACGCUGCGUUUAAAUACAUCACAGACACGGUCCAGAAACUGCCGAAGUGGAACUUCUGGAAGUUCCUGGUGAAUCCAGAAGGGAAGGUGGUCCGGUUCUGGAGACCGGAGGAACCCAUGGAAGAAAUCCGAAAAGAGGCAUCAGCCCUUGUAAGAGAAAUUAUACUGAAGAAAAGGGUGGAGCUUUGAUAAACCGCUCCUUGUUUUUGGAUGGACUUACUGUGUUUUGUUUCUCUGCCCUUUGAAGGUGGGAUUUUUUAUUAUUUGUUUUUGAAGCCCUCUGAGCCACCGCCUCAGUCUUGUGGAGGAUGCUGUAUGUCCUGUCUGGUUGUACUGAUUUUUGAAAGGGGUUUCCACUUGUUUUGUGUUUUCUGUUUUUAAAUCGCAUUGCAUACGGUCCUUAUGUCUUGUGGCAUUUGUAUUGCUAUUUCUUUAGUUAGACUAACCACGGAGUAUUGAAAAACCAUAAUACGGAUGAGAAGUUGCAAAGCAGUCUUCAACAGAGCAGAAUCAAAGGGGAAAAUGACAAUGAGAUUUUGACCAUAUAGCAUAGGUAUCGGUGCACCUGUACCUGUGAUGUCAUAGUCGUUGUGAAAUGUUUCCAGGGAAUUUAACAACAUUUAAGAAGAUGGAUUUGAAAUUACAUCCCUUUAUGUACAAAUGAUUCUUGUCCCAGUGGUUAAGUGGAUGGCCUCAUUCUGAGCUCUUACAGCACUGAUCUGUGUCCAUGCACUUUGGUCUGUACAGGAUCUGCUACCACUGCAUCGGUCACUCUGAGAGACUCCGCCUGACUGACUCCUUCACACUCUGUGCAUGAUAGGACCUUGGUUACUUUGUGUAUUGCAGCUUGUUCUACAUCCAUGUAGACAUCGUAAGACUUUUUAUCUUGUUCAACCAUGAAUAUUGCAUCCUAUGAAACAUUAGUGCAAGUGCAGUUGUGCAGAAUUAAGGAGGUGUAGUAUUGUCACAUUCACAUACAAGUUUUAUUUCGCCUCACUCUGUAUAGUCCAAGGAAACAGUGCGGUCUUCAAUAAGCCGUACCAUAUGACCAGCCAGUGUCUUCACAGAGUUCUGCAGUGCAAAGCAGGAUUUUCAAAAACGGCCUUUAAAUAUUAAACCUGUAUUCACUGAAUGCGCCAGAAAGCACAUAUUUGGAUACUAUCGAUCGCUUAUUUAAAAAUAGAUAGAUCAUAUAUAUUUUUGUCUUAUGUGGAAAUAAAACCAUAUUCAGGGAUGUUUAUCAUUACAAGGAAUAACAUGA